AUGGAUGAUCCUGAGCUGGAAAAGCUGCAUGCAGAUAGGAUUGCAGCUCUUAAGAGAGAAGCUGAAAAGAGACAAUCAUUAACAAAAAAAGGGCAUGGAGAGUAUAGGGAGAUAACUGAAGGAGACUUUUUGGGUGAAGUCACUACCAGUGAAAAGGUGAUUUGCCAUUUCUACCAUCGGGAGUUCUAUCGCUGCAAGAUAAUGGAUAAGCAUUUGAAGUCUCUUGCAACAAGUCAUCUUGAUGCCAAAUUUGUUAAGCUAGAUGCAGAGAAUGCCCCGUUCUUUGUGACAAAACUAGGAAUCAAGACAUUGCCAUGUGUGAUAUUGUUCAGAAAAGGAAUUGCAGGAGAUAGGCUUGUUGGGUUUCAAGAUCUUGGAGGAAAAGACGAUUUCAGCACAAGGAAGUUAGAAGCUUUAUUGAUCAAGAAAGGUAUAAUUGAGGAGAAGAAAAAAGAUGAGGAUGAAGAAGCUGAAUAUGAUGAAAGUAGACGUAGGACAGUUAGAUACUCUGGAAUUCAUGAUUCCGACUCUGAAUAA